AUGCUGGGAUUCCUUGCCUGUAUUGAGAAAUUGGCGGCUACCGCCAAUACGGUGGCAGUCGAGCGUGAUUGGGCCAUUGUUAUUGCGGAAAGCAUCAAUGUGCCUCGACAAGGUAAGGAGGUCUAUUUGUUAUGGAAUACAAGUCUAAUUAUCAAUACAGACUUGAAUGCCUCAAUGAGACGGAUCGAUCUCUUUUGCAAACUGGUAGCACCGGUAUUCAUCUCUCUUGUUGAUAGUUUUUCUACUCGUGUUGCUAUUUGGACUGUCCUGGGCUUGAAUACCUUGUCUGUACUCAUUGAGUACAUUGCCAUCGCUCAGGUAUACCGAUCAGUACCGGCCUUGAAGAAGGCAACAAGCCCCAGGCAGAGAGAUACCGACGAGUCUUCACAAGCGCACCGCUCAUGUCAAACAAUAAGGAGCUACCUGCGCGGGAGUAUAGCUCCAUGGAAAGAAUACGUCGCAAGCCCAGUAUUCUUGCCAUCGUUUGCGCUUAGCCUACUCUACAUGACCGUCCUUUCAUUCGGUGCGACCAUGGUCACAUAUUUGCUCCACAGCGGCUUCAACCCUUUGGAAGUCAGUUGUAUGCGUAUUGGGUCGGUGAUCGCCGAAGUUUCCGGCACAUGGACAGCACCUAUGAUUAUGAAUCGCAUAGGCCCUAUCCGAUCUGGACUUUGGUUUUUGAACUGGCAAUUCUGUUGCGUCGCGGGGGCAGCCUUUGCAUUUGUUCUCUGGGAAUCCAAUCCUAAGCUAGUAGCAGCAAGUUUGAUUCUGGGUGUUGCUCUGAGUCGAAUCGGACUUUGGGGAUUCGACUUGUCAGUACAGUUCCUAGUGCAAGAGGUUAGUAUUCAACUCUUCAAGUGUGCGCAGAACUAA